AUGUCCGUCCUUCGCAUCGUAAACACUCCGCUAUCGCUAUACUCCCAUCAAUUCUCAUCAAUUUUCACGACAUUCAACCAGCCAGAACAGCGAUUAUUUAAUGAGCAGAUCAAAGAAAUCUUACGCACAUUCUCUUUCACAGCGGUGCAGGAAUCCGUACGUGCCCGCAAGCGUAGGCGACAAUUGUAUGCAUCAUGGUUAAAGUAUUUUAAUGGCUACGAAGCAGAAUUGAUUGAAGCUGGAGUCUUCGCUAUCGUGCUGGCAGUUAAUGAGGAGCUUGCUGUGAAGCCAAUUGCCAGUGGGCCGAAGCAUGAGCGAGAUUACGAAAGAGAAGUCGAGAUACAUCAGAAACUGAAUACCAAGGGAUACUCGCCCAAGAUUGUACGGUUCUUUGAGGUUCUUUGGGGAUGCGGCAUCGUUAUGGAACGCCUUAGCAUGACUAGGCGACAACCGCUUCGAUCACCGGUCGAUGGCACAUAUCUCAAAGACAAGUGGAUGAUGGGUAUUGCGACAGGGUCGAAGUCUCUACACACUCAAGGUGUGUUACAUGAAAAUUGGGCGCCAAUACCCCUAUGCCAGUCCAACUUCCAUGAAUUUGCCAAGCCUUGA